AUGUCUUCUACUACUACUUCCACCCGCAUUGUUCUCUUCCUUGCUGUUGCAUUGAUUGCCUGCAUGUGUUUAGUUUCUGCUGCUCCUGUUACCAGAGAUCUUGAAUUGCAAGCUGGUGCUUCUCGUCGUAUCAACAUCUUCAAGAAGCAUGAUGAUGAAGAAGAUCAACAGGUUGAUGAAGAAUCCACUACUACUACUACUACUACUACUACCACUACCACUUCCACCAAGACCAAGCAACCCAAGACCAAGACUUCCACCACCACUACCGCCACUGCUACUGCUACUAUCAAGAAGAGCAAGUCAUCCUCCUCUUCCUCUGGUGAUUACUCUGGUGAUGCCACUUACUACAACACUGGUCUCGGAUCUUGUGGUUGGGAAAGCGCCGAAUCUGAAAUGAUUGUUGCUCUUAACCAUGGUCAAAUGGAAAAUGGUGCCAACUCCAACAAGAACCCCAACUGUGGUCGUCAUAUCACUGCUACUGGUCCCAAGGGUUCUGUCACUGUCAAGGUUGUUGAUACAUGUCCUGGCUGUGCCAAUGGUGAUUUGGAUUUGAGUCCUGCUGCUUUUGCCAAGAUUGCUGAUAUGGAUGCUGGCCGUGUUCCCGUUACCUGGUCUUGGGCUUAA